GUGAUAUUCAACAAUUUUCAUGAUAAGUUCUGAUUGUUGAGUUACUUUUUAUUAUCUUUUGUUUAUACUAUUACAGCUACUGAGCAAAAUGCUUCCAUCUUUCUCAUGAUAUUGACCACAACUCAUUGGAUAUUUUCAUGAUUAAAAACAUGAAUUUAACCAACAAUUUAAGCAAAAGAAUAUGAUUUUUCAUCAUUUUCAAUGCUGUCGUUUAAUUGCUUACAGUUAAUUUCAACUUUUACCUUUAAUUGUUUGAAAUGAUUGAAUUUUUGACUCGGAUUAAAGUGAUUACAUGUAUAUCAUCCUAAUCAGCAUCUUCAGCAUCAAUAUCAUUGACAAUCAUUGUCUAUGUGAUUAAAGUUUAUCUGAACAAUUUAUAAAUUAGUUAACAAAGUUUUCACACUUUAACCAAUCAGUUUGACUACAGUUGUUAUCAGAACUUGAAGUGAUUUAAUUGUGCAAAAACCGGUGAAACAAUUUAAGAUAAACUUUAAAAAUCUACCAAUAAUUAACUAAUUUCUAACAACAAUUAACAAUGGAUCUUAAUGUGUUAAAAAUUACUUUGUUUAAUCUACUGGUUUUUUCAACGGUAACAUCAUCAGAUGACUGGUUAUACAUAGCACCAAAUAAGAAGUCAAUUGGCUCAAGGAAACAUAAUCAAAAAUUAGCAAUGGAACCAUUUAAAUUUCAGAAUAAUUUGAUAAAAAGAUUCUCACGUCGACCAAUACCCGAUUUAAGACCUUCCAUUUUAAUUGGACCAUGGAUAUCAGAAUGCUGUCCAAGUAUCAGCGAGAUAAUUCAACCUAAAGGUGGAGUAUCUAGACAUGGACGAAUCCUCGAAUUAUAUGGAACUAAUUCUUCACGACAAAGUUUCUAUCAAACCUCAUGUAGAGAAGGAGUUAAAAAUAAAAACUGUCGCUAUUUGAAUCAGAAUCAAAAACCAUAUUCGAGGUGUACUCAGAAAUACAGUUACACCUAUGCUAUUGUGAGGGAAUACGGUUCACCUCAGUCGAUUCCUUGGAGAUUAGAUCAUAUUCGAGUUCGAAGUGGAUGUUCUUGUGAAAUCUACAAACCAGAUAAGAAAUUUAAUCAAUUAGUUAAUUGAUUAGAUUGUUAAUCAUAUUCAUACAACAGCAACAACUAAAUCCGAUCAACAAACACCAAAAUCAACAAUUAAUAACCAAAGGAUCUCAACGAGUUAUUCAAAUCACUUGGUAUCAAAUUGGAAAUUUAAAAUCGAUGAUAAAAUCAAUACAAUGAUAUUUGUUUCCAAUCAGUUGAUUGUUAAUAUUAUCAGAAUGAUUUGGAAACAAUUAAUUGAUGAUAAUUGAAGCAAGAAAAAAGUUAAUUAUGAUUACAAAUAUAAUAUUCUGAUAUUAAUUAAUUUCAUCUAGUUUAAGAUCUGUCGUUACAAUUUAAAGCUAAUCAAUUUAAUAUGAAAGGUUAAUUGUACAAUUUAAAAGUGAUAAAGUCAAUCAAUUUGAUUAUCGUCAAUUAUUGUUUUUGUUAAUUGUUUCAAUUGUUAACAAAUUAUCAAAUUAAUUGUCAUCUUCUUCAUCAUCAUCAUCAUCGUUUCAUUUAAAUCAUAUCACCAUGAAAUUGGAA